CAUCUUUUUGGUAUUAAAAGUUUAAGAUCUUUAAUUUUCUAUGAGGUCCUCCACUAAGCUUAUCUUCUUGGCUUCAACAAUAGCUCUCAUUUUGGUUACUGAGAGCCGAAGAACAAUACCAUCAAAAGAGCAGAUAUAUGAGCUAGAGAAACUACUCAACCAUGUAAACAAACCUGCAGUCAAAAGUUUCCACACGAAACAUGGUUAUAUAUUGGAUUGCAUAGACAUUCAAAAGCAGCUAGCCUUUGAUCAUCCUUUGCUUAAAAACCAUUCUAUUCAGUUGAAGCCUACAUCUAUACCUAGAUGGACAAGAGAUAACAACACUUCUCAAAAGUCAAGUUCCCUGCCUUUUCGACAAGAAGACGACAGACGUUGCCCACUUGGGACAGUGAUUAUUAAAAGAACUACACUUGAAGAUCUUAGAGAAAUACAUCUUUUGAAACCCUUAGGAUUCAAGUAUCCAAAAGACAAAAACUUGCUCGAUAUGACCGGUCGUCAUUUUGCGAUAGCUGAGUAUUAUAAAGAAAAUCAUGGAGCAAUGGGAAACAUUAAUAUAUGGGAUCCGCCUGUCAAACCUGAUCAAUUUAGUCUUGCAAGUAUAUCUAUCGAGAACGGCCUUAGAGACAGCUUACAAAGCAUUUCAGCUGGAUGGAUGGUGUCCCCAAAACUGAACCAGAAUCAUAGUGGCUUGUUUGCAUACUGGACCGCAGAUGGGGAUAACAAGACAGGUUGCUACAAUACAGUAUGCCCUGGGUUUGUACAAGUGAGUAGCAAAUUUGCACUUGGAACUCUUGCCAAACCGGUUUCCACUUAUGAUGGUGAACAAUAUAUCCUACAAGUCAUCAUUUUUCAGGAUCAUAUUACAGGAAAUUGGUGGUUUUUGCUAAAGGGAAACCCAAUUGGGUAUUGGCCAAGAUCAUUGUUCAAUGGUGAAGGUAUAGCUAAUGGAGCAAGUCGAGUAUUUUGGGGAGGAGAAGUUUUCAGUGCAGUGAGACAAAGAAUAAGCCCAAUCAUGGGAAGUGGACAUUUUCCACAAGAGGGUUACAGAAAAGCAGCUUUUGUGAAUGGUCUUAAAGUGAUUGAUCAUGUUUCAGAAAAGAAUACGAGUCCACCCGCGACAAAUAGAGCAAUAUUCGCAAACAGUCCACGAGCUUCAGAUUUAAUAUUAUUCGCCAACAGUCCAACUUGUUAUAAAGUCGAAACAAAAUCAGGGGUUGGUGAAUAUUGGUCUACUGCUAUCUACUUUGGAGGGCCAGGUGGAUGCACUGUUAGCUAACAAAUCUUUUAAGUAUAUUUUCUGUUUUUUUCUUGUUGUGUGUGUUAAGAAAAU